AUGGCACUGAAACAAGAAAGAAUAAGGAAAAGUGUGGCAGGUUGUACUUGUGGUUUAGAAAGUGCUGAUAGUGUGUCAGGUUGUGCUUGUGGUUUAGAAAGUGCUAAUAGUGUGGCUGGUUGCACCUGUGAAAGUGCUGACAGUGUGGCAGGUUGUGCUUGUGGUUUAAAAAGUGCUGAUAGUGUGGCAGGUUGUGCUUGUGGUUUAAAAAGUGCUGAUAGUGUGGCAGGUUGUGCUUGUGGUUUAAAAAGUGCUGAUAGUGUGGCAGGUUGUGCUUGUGGUUUAAAAAGUGCUGAUAGUGUGGCAGGUUGUGCUUGUGGUUUAGAAAGUUCUGAUAGUGUGGCAGGUUGUGCUUGUGGUUUUAAAAGUGCUGAUAGUGUGGCAGGUUGUACCUGUGGUUUAGAAAGUUCUGAUAGUGUGGCAGGCUGUGCCUGUGGUUUGGAAAGUGCUCAUAGUGCGGCAGGUUGUGCUUGUGGUUUAGAAAGUGCUGAUAGUGUGGCAGGUUGUGCUUGUGAUUCAGAAAGUGCUGAUAGUGUGGCAGGUUUUGCCUGUGGUUUAGAAAGUGUGACAGGUUGUGCCUGUGGUUUAGAAAGUGCUCAUAGUGUGGCAGGUUGUGCAUGUGGUUUAGAAAGUUCUGAUAGUGUGGCAGGUUGUGCCUGUGGUUUAGAAAGUGCUGAUAGUGUGGCAGGUUGUGCCUGUGGUUUAGAAAGUGCUGAUAGUGUGGCAGGUUGUGCCUGUGGUUUAGAAAGUGCUGAUAGUGUGGCAGGUUGUGCCUGUGGUUUAGAAAGUGCUGAUAGUGUGGCAGGUUGUGCAUGUGGUUUAAAAAGUGCUGAUAGUGUGGCUGGUUGUGCUUGUGGUUUAGAAAGUGCUAAUAGUGUGGCUGGUUGCACCUGUGGUUUAGAAAGUGCUAAUAGUGUGGCUGGUUGCACCUGUGAAAGUUCUGAUAGUGUGGCAGGUUGUGCCUGUGGUUUAGAAAGUGCUCAUAGUGCGGCAGGUUGUGCUUGUGGUUUAGAAAGUGCUGAUAGUGUGGCAGGUUGUACCUGUGGUUUAGAAAGUGCUGAUAGUGUGGCAGGUUGUGCCUGUGGUUUAGAAAGUUCUGAUAGUGUAGCAGGUUGUGCCUGUGGUUUAGAAAGUUCUGAUAGUGUGGCAGGUUGUACCUGUGGUUUAGAAAGUGCUGAUAGUGUGGCAAGUUGUGCCUGUGGUUUAGAAAUUGCUGAUAAUGUGGCAGAUUGUGCCUGUGGUUUAGAAAGUGCUCAUAGUGUGGCAGGUUGUGCAUGUGGUUUAGAAAGUUCUGAUAGUGUGGCAGGUUGUGCCUGUGGUUUAGAAAUUGCUGAUAAUGUGGCAGGUUGUGCCUGUGGUUUAGAAAGUUCUGAUAGUGCGGCAGGUUGUGCCUGUGGUUUAGAAAGUGCUGAUAGUGUGGCAGGUUGUGCCUGUGGUUUAGAAAGUUCUGAUAGUGCGGCAGGUUGUGCCUGUGGUUUAGAAAGUUCUGGUAGUGUGGCAGGUUGUGCCUGUGGUUUAGAAAGUUCUGAUAGUGCGGCAGGUUGUGCCUGUGGUUUAGAAAGUGCUCAUAGUGUGGCAGGUUGUGCCUGUGGUUUAGAAAGUGCUGAUAGUGUGGCGGUUGUGCCUGUGAAAGUGCUAAUAGUGUGGCGGUUGCACCUGUGGUUAGAAAGUGCUGACAGUGUGACAGGUUGUGCCUGUGGUUUAGAAUGUGCUGAUAGUGUGGCAGGUUGUGCCUGUGGUUUAGAAAGUGCUGAUAGUGUGGCAGGUUGUGCCUGUGGUUUAGAAAUUGCUGAUAAUGUGGCAGGUUGUGCCUGUGGUUUAGAAAGUGCUGAUAGUGUGGCAGGUUGUGCCUGUGGUUUAGAAAUUGCUGAUAAUGUGGCAGGUUGUGCCUGUGGUUUAAAAAGUGCUGAUAGUGUGGCAGGUUGUACCUGUGGUUUAGAAAGUGCUGAUAAUGUGGCAGAUUGUGCCAGUGUUAUGCAAAGAUAUGGUGUCUGCCAAGUUGAUGCCAAGCAAUUGUAG